AUGGCGCUCGCCUACAUCGACUGCUCGGCUGGCGUCGCCGGUGACAUGCUGCUCGGCGCGCUGAUCGAUGCCGGCGCUCCGCUGGCGGAGAUCCAGCGCGGACUCGAGUCGCUGCACGGGAUCGCGGGCGAGUGGGAGCUCCGCACUACGAGAGUGUGGAAGGGACCGGGAAGCAUUGCAGGGACCAAAGUGCACGUGAGCUCUGUCUACCAGCACAAAGAGAUCGCUCCGCCUUUGCCGGCUCAUGGCUUGCAACAAUACGGUCGUGGGGCUGGCCAUACCCACACGCACAGCCAUGGGCACGGGGGCACACAUACCCACGUUGACGAGGGUACACGUAGCCAUGACCAGGAGGGUACACGCGUUACCCAUCGAGUGGAGACUUUGACGGCCAACGAGAAUGGUCACGAGCACGCACACGACCAUGAGCACGAGCGUGCGCUCGACGGGCAGGAGCAAGACGUUGCCCACGUUUCGUCGGAAGUGACUCAUGAGCCUAUGCGCAACUUGGACGACAUUAAGGCGCUCAUUGCCGAGAGUGCGUUGUCGGACUGGGUCAAGGCCAAGAGCGUGGCGGUGUUCACGUUGCUGGCGCAGGCAGAAGCUCACACUCACGGGACAGCGCUGGAGAAGAUCCAUUUCCACGAAGUUGGAGCGAUCGACAGCAUUGUCGACACGAUCGGCUGCGUGAUUGCGCUUGACCUCUUUGGCGUGCGAGAGGUGCACGCAUCAUUCGUGCCCUUCUCCUCUGGGACAGUCAAGUGCAUGCACGGAAUCCUGCCAGUCCCACCGCCAGCUACGUUCCGAUUGAUGAUCGGGGUACCGGUGUGCCCAGCGCCAAAGGGCGCAAACGGGGAGCUCGUGACGCCGACGGGCAUAAGCCUCGUGAAGGCGCUGGCGUCCACGUUUGGCGAACCUCCUGCUUUUAUUCCGACGCACACUGGCGUUGGAGCUGGCACGAAAGACUUUCCAGAGCACGCCAACAUCGUCCGCAUUGCAAUUGGAACGAAGAUCGACCCGUUGGCUCUCGAGAAAAGCUAUGCCAAUCCGGCAGUCGCCACCUCAAGGUCUGCCGAGCCCGCCAUUCAGUCUUGUCACGCCGAGGAAGUCGUCGUUCUAGAGACCAAUUUGGAUGAUUUGAACCCACAGGUAAUCGGCUACGUCUCGGAGCGAUUGUUGUCAGAGCACCACGCGCUCGACGUAUGGAAGCAGUCCAUCCAGAUGAAGAAGAACCGUCCUGGUGUGUGUCUCAGUGUGUUGUGUCGCGCUGAGCAUGAACAGGGGAUUCUGGAAACAUUGUUCCGUGAAACCACAACACUUGGUGUCCGCCGCAAAGUAAUAGAGCGCGUUGUCUUGUCCCGCAACUUCGUGUCCGUCUUCGCUUUCGGCCGAUCCGUGGACGUCAAAGUCGCGUUUCUGGACCACCAGGCUGUCAACGUACACCCCGAAUAUGAACACUGCAAGGCGAUCGCACUGGAACACCACAUGCCGCUGCUACGAGUGAUGGACAAAGUGAAAGCUCUUGCUCUGUCUAUGAUCGGAACGCAGCCAUUAGAAUGA